UUUACCGUUCUCUUUGUCUAAAGACCACGUCAACCAGGAUCCUGAAGGACCAGGAGGGAAACUUGUUCUUCAGUCAAAGGAACCUCCUGAUCAUAACAUUUAUUUCCUGCUCAGAAUAUAUUUCAUCAACCCCCAGUAUCAUGAAGCUGCUUAUCCUCUCCCUUUUUGCUACUCUGAUAGCUACAGGAAAGUCCUCCCAUACUUGUUACUGCAGUAAAGGAACUGACGGCUGCACAAAAGAAACCUGCACCACUGACAAUGAAUGUAUUGCAGUUGCAUUCAAUAAUACAAUAGAUGGAAAGGAGGUCCCAUCACAUCUGUAUCAAGGCUGUCAGGAUCCCUCAGAAACUUUUGAUCCCUGCAGAGAAAAGACUAUAUUCAUCACAGCAGGGAAAAACUUUUCCCUGAAUAGUGAAACCAAAUGCUGCCACAGUCCAGACAAAUGUAACACCAAUGAUACUGUCCAUGUACCAACGGAAGAUCACAAGAUCAGUAGUUGGGGUUGCCCCUCAUGCUUUGCUUUCGAUAAGGAUCGCUGCAAUGCCACGAUGACAAAGUGUGUCCAGUCCCAGGACAAGUGCGUCAACAUCACUGGGAAUUUGACACAGGGGUCUUCCACAACAAAAUCCUUUGUCCUAAAGGGCUGUGCCACAUCCUCUACAGCAUCUGUCCUUCAAGAGAAGAAUGCAACACUAUAUUUUGGCAAUGUCACUUAUCAUAUUGCCCAUAUCAGUGUAGGGAAUGGCAAAGACAGCAUCAUCAGAGCUCCAGGAAGCAUCCUUUUUGUAGUCUUCCUGCCCAGCUUCCUUGGGUUUCUGCUGAACAAAUUCCUAUACUGAUCCUAGCCUAACUCAAGGAGUCUUCUUGAUUCAAACUGGAAAAAACAUCUUCAGUGAAACACAAUACAAUGAAAGGAGGCAUACAUUAUAGAACUUCAGGCUCUUGCAUUUACUAGACCCUAUAACUAUAUAUAUAUUUCAAAGGGCAAAUCAAAUAAGGGCCCUUCCACAUGAUGCAGUUAUAGCACUACAGUUUCAUUUUAACUGCCAUGGUUCCACUCUAUGGAAUCCUAAGAUUUUCCAUUUAGGGAGAGUAUAAGUAUUUAACUUAAAAAUAAUUGAUAUUUUAAAAAUGUGUUAAUUGAUUAAUUGGGGACAGCUUUCUAGUCAACUAGUCUUUGGAGGUUUUCUCCCUACAGUGGCAUUAGGACUGCAACUCCAAGGGGAUUUAAAUAAAUUAAUCUUAGUCAAGGAACAGUUGCAGUCUUUUAAUUCCUUGCUUUUAUGUUUAUUUUGUGUGUGUAUGUUGGAGGGGUGGUGCAAGGACAAGGGGACAGAGAAGCAAAGUACCUGCUUUCCAUGUGAAAAACCCUGUUCCAUCUUAUGGUAAAUGGAUCCUAAGUACCAGAGCUGGAUGAGACGCUGCCGGUCAGAGA